UUUAAUUCUCACAUUUCCCUCACACAAUUUCCUCAUACCAAUCUAUCCUCUGUUACUCUCACUACUUCUUGUUCUUCUUCAUCCUUUGUUCAUUUCCAACUUCUAAACCACCAUGGGUGUCAUCACUUACGAUAUGGAGGUCCCUUGCUCAAUCCCUCCCGCGAGGGUCUUCAAGGCCUCCGUCCUUGACGCUGACACCCUCAUCCCCAAGAUCAUGCCACAGGCCAUGAAGAGUGUGGAAACCCUCGAAGGAGACGGAGGAGCUGGAACUAUCAAGCUCAUCACUCUUGGCGAAGGCUACGCUUAUAAGACUUUGAAGCAUAGAGUUGAUGCUAUCGACAAAGAGAACUUCACCUACAGUUCCAGCGUAAUUGACGGUGCUGAGUUGAUGGACAAGUUCGAAUCAAUCUCUUACCACACCAAAAUCGUACCCGGUCCCAAUGGAGGAUCCAUUUACAAGAUCAGAAGCAUUUAUGAGACCAAAGGUGAUGCCCAAGUCACAGAAGAGGAAAUCAAGUCCGGCAAAGAAGCGGCCUCAGUCUUGUUCAAGGCUUUAGAGGCCUACCUCUUGGCAAAUCCUGAUGCCUAAAUCUAGAGCCUAGCUAGUUGCUAAACUCCUUAUUGAGAGCUUAGCAUCUAUCAAGAGUGUGCUUUUAUUUGACUUGUUAGAGAUUGGUUUUUUGUUUCCGGUUGUUUGUCUAUAGAUGAGGGCAUCCAUUCAAUAAGGAAGACACUAUUGUUGUCUUUCAUUAAA